AUGGACUGGCAGCCUCCUUCUGUCCAGGCAGCCAUGGGCAGCCUGCUGUUCGGUGUGCUCCUCCUGACCACAGCGCAUGCCUGGAGCUUGCCGGCACCGUCGUCCGCCUCCGCCUCCGUCCCAGCCGCCGUGUCACUGCCAAUCAGAGCAGCUGCAGCACCUGUUCCCCGACGGUUAAACGAGGUCUCGCCGUAUCUGGACCUGGCCCUGUGCCCUAUACGAUCGGAGCCGUGGACCUGUGCCCGCCAGCAGUCGGCCAGGAUAUUGGAUUCCUGGGAUGGAGAGCUCUAUGCCCAGUGGCAGAAGUUAAAGGUCGAGGCCGAUCGCCAGAUGAAUGCAACGAUUGAGAGACGCGGCUACAGCGCCUCGGAGCUGCCCCUGAAAGAGAAGCCAUCGACGAUACUGAAGAAAAUUGAAAUCGGCACGAAUUAUAUGAAGAAAUAUCUGGCCGAGUCCAUGGAUGGCUUCCUUGGCCGCGAAUACGAGUAUUUGCAGACCUCGAAAGCAACGCCAGAUGAUAGUGAAAACGAUCAGAGCGGGGAAGACGACGACGACGACGGCGACGGCGACGACGAGGACGUCGAUGAGGCGGAUGCAGAGACAGCAGCAGACACCAGCGACACCGCUGAGGAAGCUGACCAGGAGGAAGACGAUGCCGAAGACACAGAAACAGACGCCGACGCCGACGCCGAUGCCGAGGCAGAUGACGAGGAAGACGAUGAUGAUGAUGCCUCAAACAACACUGCGGAGCGGGAGCCCGAGGGUGGGGAAGACGAGACGGAGCCAGAAAGUGAAAAUGGACCCAUUUCGGGUGUGAUCAGCGUACAGCCAGCAGAGCUGCAGGGCGACGACGUCAAGAACACGGUCUUCAGCGAGGACAGCGCCUCGACUGGGGCGGAGUUCAUAGAGCUGGUGGAUGGCGAGGCGACGGCCACGGGGGCGGUGAAGAAACCCGGCGGCGGUGGCAAGCGCAAAAAGGACAAAAAAACAAAAAAGAAGCGCAAGAGGAAGGGCCAGCACGGACAGAGCCAAGGACAGACACAGCCAUCCACAUUGGUGGUGGUGCAGGCCGCCCCAGAACACCACGAAGUUGACUCUGGCCACGAUCAUGGCCAUGGCCAUGGACAUGGCGGUGGUGGCAGUGUGGACCACGAUGAUGCCGGCAGUUCCGUUUCCAAGCCCCACAAGCGGAAGCAGAAGAAACGCGUCAAGGGCCGACGCAAGCGGAAGGGACAGCACUCGAACAGCGGGACGGCGGUGGAGCAUGAGCAGAGCGAUCUGAGCCUGGGACUGGGCCUCCUCGAUGACCUGACCGAAGCCAAUGACGAGCUCCUCGGCGGCGGUGGCAAGCGCAAGCACAGGAAUCCAAUUAGAUAUGGUAGAAGUAACGGAGUUACCCGUGGCAAGAAGAAGAAGAAGAAGAAGGCUCUGGCCAAGUAUGUGCUGGUCGGCAGCUUCCUGAAGGCCAAGAUUGAGUUGCUCCUGAAGAUCCUGGGCGCCCAUCUGCAGGUCAAGUUCUUUGCCAUAGCUCUCAUCGGCCUACUGAUCAACAUAGCACGCUUCUGGAUCGAUGUGAAGCGUGGCAGUCCGCCGUCCAAGCACCACUACGAGGACCACGGCGACGACUGGAGCGAGCAGGGCAGCUACUGGAAGCGGUCCCUGCAAACGGAUCCCUCGAUCGAGGACGUCGACUCCUCCACGGACAGCUACCAGAUCCGUGCGCAGCAGCAUCACCAGCAGCAGCCCCAGGACUCCCACUAUCUGGCCUAUCGCAACCAGCCCCAAUGGCAGUAG